AUGCCAACCCAACCAGACGACGUUCUGCUCUCGCUGCAGUCCUCCCUGCGUAAUGCACUGGCGACCUUUGGGCCGGGCAGCUCGCAGUACCUCACUAUCAAGUACAUGGUCGACGAGUAUGCGGCCAAGCUUGCUCUUGAGAAUAUGUCGUUGUCUCCUUCUGAAGGACAGCGGUGA